AUGUGUGACGUCGGCACCUACUCCUGUUCCGGCAUGGAGACGGAGGACCGAAUUGUCCUCCAGGCCAAAAUGCAAUCUGCCCACGCCCAGAUGAUGCACAACUUUCCCGCCUUUCCGCCGGUCGCCGCGACUACCGUCCUCCUACAGACCGGCUCGCAUCAUCCCUCCGGCCACCCCUACCACGCCGGUCACCACCACGCCGUCAGUCAUAAUCACAACCACACCCACACCCACAGUAACAACAACAACAGCCACAGCCAUCAGCAGCUGCAGCAGCAUGCUUUGCAACAGCAGUUCCACAACCACCUCUCGCAUGGUCUCUCCCCACCGGCCAAUGCUCCUUCGGUCCACGACGAUCCUCAACCAGUGCUGGCCUCGCAACCGCUCACGCAGCCCCAUCCUGGUCCAUUCCAUUCGGUACACUUCACUUCGCAUGACCUCCACAUGUUCCAGUCGCAUCACGAUCUGACCGGCUUGUCCGGUCAGCCUGGCGAACUCUCGUUGCCCACCCAUCUCUCGACUGUCGGCUACCAAAGCCUCGAUUCUGGCACACAUCUACCGCCCACCGCCGCCUCUUCUCCUCACGCCACACACGCCAAUUCCAGCCUUCAAUUGGCCGAAUUCGACGAAGGUCCCAGCACCGACACACCUCCGGGCCUCUCCAAUUCCAACGUCAACAGUACCACCACGCCGGCCACCAGCACGACUGCCGGACCGGCCGCUAGUCCGUCCGGAGGACACAGUCUCCUCUUGAUGCACUGCGCCAGCACCAGCCCCGGAGGGCAUAACAGCAGUUCGAGUCCCGCCGAGUUUCCGGGUCAGGCGACGCCGCACUCGAGCUCAGCCGCGACUGGCGAGACUGGCCUGUCCGGCUGCACCGGCGACACCAGUUCUGGUACAUCUGCCGGUGCUGCAGUUGGCGCCGGUACCGUUACCACUACCGCUGCCGGUACCGGUACCGGUAGCAAGCACGGCCCGAGCACGUACUCCAUCAAUCUUGCCGUGGAUCGAGGCUGGUUGGACAACUCUUGUGGAUCCUUGCUUCUACCAUCGCACCUUCAAAGCCCUGCCCACAUACGCACAACCAGUCACCAGCACCACCAACGACUGCCCACUCACCAUAGCCAGCACCAGAUCUCGCAACAGCCUGACAACACUUCUCACUACAACGAUCCACAGGAGGUAGGCCAACUGUCAGGCUGCGAAAGUAGCUCUGCCUCCUUCGUGCUGGCAGACAGUCCCAACCUGAUGUCAGAUGCUCUAGCCUCUCUGGUUGUCAUGGGCAACCAAGUGGCCGUCUACAACUCGGAUUAUUCGGAGAUGGCGCGCAAACAGCCAGUCGAGUCGGUCAAAUCGGCCGUCUCCAUGGCACAGUCGGAGCAGGAGGAGUCUGCUGCCUCUCGCGACUCUCCGAUCACCCAACUCCUGCAUCCCGUUGAACUCUGCUACCCUGUCUUAGCGCAACAUUGCGGCGAGACCUUGCCGGCACGUCGACCGGUACGGUCUGAAAACCCAGACCAGUCAUUGUCUCGUGGCACCAUGUCUCCCGGAGGCGGAGCAGCCAGCCAACCCAGUGCCGAGAACUGCUACAGACUAAUGUCGGCCGCCAUUGCCGCGGUAACCGGCGCCGGUGUCCCGGAGACAACAUACAGAUCCAUGGGACGUGGAGAUGAGAUCUCAUCAGCCGACUGGGCUCUGAUUCAAGAAGAGAUGAGAUCCGCAAGAUCUGGAUUUGGCUACAUUGUUGAGGCCGGCCUACAACCGAUGGUCAGAGAGCAUUCGCCAGCCAGCCUUCAUUCUCACAACCAUCAGCAUAUUAAUAAUCAUCAACAACAACAUCAUCAUCAUCAUCAUCAUCAUCACGCCUCUCAACAGCACCAGCAGCAGCAGCAACAACAGCAACAACAGCAGCAUCAUCAACAUCACACACUCCAGAUCAAUCAGCACACCUGCCUCGAGUCUGGCCCGACUAUGCUGCAGACACAACUGCAUCAUCGCCAUCAUCAACAGACACCCUCCAACGAGAUUGACUGUGCCCUGGGGAGCCAUUCGGUGCUGCCCAGGAUCACCUGUCCGACGCCAAUCUGCAAAGUGGAGUCGAAUUUAAUGAGCCAAGACUCCUCCGCAGAGGCUCCCCUGUUAGGACGAUUCGACCUUUCUACAGCAGCAAUGGCUGCAGCAGCCGUUGCCGCAGCAGCCGCGGUCGCCGCUGCCUCCACCCCAGAGGAGUCUUUGGGUACAGCCUCGUCGCCAGCCAGCACCCUAGUUCCCGUGGUACCCAAUGCCACUUCUACCUCCUACUCUUCUUCCUCCUCCACAUCCUCCUCAUCCUCUUCAUCAUCCUCAUCCACCUCCGGCUCCUCAUCCACCUCUUCAUUGUCCACUAUCUUUCCGCCCUCUUCACUCACUGUUUCAUUGACUUCGCCGAACCCUGCUUCGGCCUUUUACGCCAGUCUUGAGGCUUCAGGGCAAGAGCAGACUUGUCUCGGACUUGUGUCCCGUGGCCAACUGGCCAAUAGGCGACUAAGUCAGCCGGCAAGUCCAGAUUUGGGGUUUGUAGAGAGAAGAGCUGUGAUGCCAGAAGACAGGCCACAGAGAGAUACAGCAAUGGGUGACGAGGAGGAAGAGUUGCGUGUGGUUCGAGGAAAGCUAGGCGACUUCCAGACCGAAGAAGAGGACGAAGAAGAGGAGGACGAGGAGGAGGAGGAAGAGGAGGACCGUGAUAUGCUCUCGAGACCAACGGAAAGCUGUAUUCAGUCCGAGACCAGGCACGAGAUUAAACUGGAAGCUUUGAGCCACGAGGAAUCGGCUGACCUAAAACCGGAACAUCUAGUUGCUGGGACACAUUGUAGUGACAUGAUUAGUAGGCUGUCUGGCCAAGACGGCGAGAUACAGCUUACAAGCUGCCGCCAGACAGAAGGUUGGAGAGGAGACGGAGAAGGCGACGAGGGAGAGGAGCUGGAAGAGGUUGACGCUGAGGAAGGGGAACAAGCCGACGAAGAAGAGGAAGAUUUGGGUCUGCCUGAACGAAAUCAAUCUGAUGCUGAGACUGGUAAGAUAAUGGAGGAGAGCGAGGAAGCAACACGGCAGAAGAAGAACAACGUCGGUGAGUCGUCUUACAAGUAUUUGUCUAUUGUUGGGACUUUCAUUUCGUAUGAAAUUGUAUGA